AACGGCAGUCAUAUCUCACGCGCCGCGCAGCCCGCACGCCACUCGCGCGCAGAACGAUCGAACUUUACCGGUACGGGACAACUUUAAAGUUUCGAGUUAUUUUAAAUAUCGGUACCGGUGGUGCUUACUCAGUGGAAUUGCAGUGAUGUUCGGAGUCCCGUGUUUAUAAUUUUGGUAAUCAAUUGACUACAAGCUGCACUACAAAUAAACUUAAUUAACCACAGCGUCCACAGCGUUACAGAACAGUUCAUUAAGCUGAGGAUGACAUUGAUUCACGCGUGACGAAAAGGGAGGCAAUGGCGUACUACCGCUGCGGGCCGACGGCCAUCGGCAGCCGCGCGUCCUGGGGCCCCUCGUCCCCCUCCGUCGACCCGAAGGCGUUUGACCGCCCCCUCAGCGGGACAUUUGACCGCAUCUUCAACGCUUUUGAGCGUUCUAACGCCUUCGAGUAUGUUAAUACUCAGGGGGGUAAAGAGACGCGAAGCGUGGAACACGGAGAGGUGGUGGUGAACAGGAAGAAGAGCAGCAGCUACGAGCGGGCAGACUGCGCCCUAGCAGCCCAGACCCCCAGCGCAGAAGACGAGGACUACUACCGGGAGAAGAUCCUCUACUCGCAGGCCCGCCAGCUGUUCCCGCUGCAGGAAGACCUCGCUGACUGGAUCAACAAGACCAUCGGCAUCACAUACCUGACGGGGGAGAACUUUCUGGACGCACUGGACAACGGCGCCGAGUUGUGUCAACUAGCAUCAGUCAUCCAUGAACGCGCGCGUGAAGCUUUAGACCAGGGACUCUUCGUUGGGCCGGUACCGGCCGUGCGCGGGCGCUGCUGGCAGCGCGCGGCGCGCCGCAGUUUCUUCUCUCGCGACAACGCCGACAAUUUCCUCUCUUUCUGUCGCGACUUGGGUGUCCAUGAGAAUCUCCUGUUUGAGAGCGAUGACCUGGUACUCCACAACCAGCCUCGACAAGUGGUCCUCUGCCUGUUGGAGGUGGCUCGCCUGGCCACGCGCUUCGGCCUCGAGCCUCCCGGCCUCGUGGCUCUGGAGAGGGAGAUAGCGGCCGAAGAACGGGACUCUGGCCUGGAUUCUGCCAUGUCUGGGGCUUGGCAGUUCAGGGAUAACUCGCCUGAGCCUGAGAAGACCAAGAGUGAUCCACCACCGUCGUCACCAGAACCACAUGAAAUGUCGACGCAGACGGAGGUGUCAGGGGACCUGGUUCCGGACGGCGUGGACGCGGAGAGCACCCGCUCCGGGGGCUCCCUGGAGAGCGGGGACUCCGACGUGCCCCUCCGGCCCACCAACGAGCUAGACAAGCGGGUGCAGCUGGUGACGCGGCUGCUGGAGCGCGGCUGCCGCUGCGGCGCGGGCCGCUGCUCCCGGCUGCUCAAGGUCAAGAAGGUGGGCGAGGGCCGCUACAACAUCGCGGGGAGGAACGUCUUCAUACGGCUGCUGAAGGGUCGUCACAUGAUGGUGCGCGUGGGCGGCGGCUGGGACACGCUGGAGCACUUCCUGUCGCGCCACGAGCCGUGCCAGGUGCGCCUCGUCACGCAGGGCCGCCGCGACGUGCUGCCCGUCCCGCCCGACCCCGACGACGGCCGCAAGCUCUCCCCCGCACCCGUCUCCCCCGCCUCCAGCAAGGCUUCCCUCAAGGACUCCUCGAGAACUGUCUCCCCGGCCAGCAAGGUCUCCGGCGGCCGCGACUCCUCGCCCGACAGGAACGGCACUCGCGCCUCCAGCAAAGCUAGCAGCGGAAAGAGCUCGCCGCUUCCCGAACGCACCUCCACCCCCAAACCGACUCGACCUCGACCCGACCUCACCCUUCCGCUGAAAACCGACGCACGACGCAAGCAAUCCCUACCCAGCACGCCCAGUAGAACUAUCAAAACACCGCCCGUAGAGCACAGGAAGUCGCUCGGCUCCAUAAGUGUGCAAAAGUCGCGGAGCAUGAGUCUGGCGCUGGCGCGAAAGCUGUUCUGCGGGACGGACCGGCUCAACGCUCGGAAAGCUUCCAGCGCGGCCACCACGCCCGUCACGCCGACUUCCAGGCAGACGCGCAGUCAAAGCUUGGCUUCGACGCCCGUCCACGAUACUAAAAAAACCUUCUGCGGGACCGAGAAACUGAAUGCUGCGAAGAAAACUCGCAGCAUGAGUUUAGCGGCGACCACGCCCGCGGCGCGCCCGCUGCAGAAGGCGCAGUCGGCGGCCGGCUUCACGCAGGCGGCCAUCGAGGAGAGCAUCCGCCUCUCGCUGGCGGCAUCCAUAUCAGACUCGUGCUCCACGAAGAAGCCCUUCCUGCACAUCAAGGCCAAAUACCGGAGUCCGCCGCCGCGGGAGGUGCCCCCGAGAUAAACAUUCCGCUAGUUUUAACUCUUGACUAAGAGGACGCGAAGUUCAACUCUAGUAUAAGUCGUGUAAGGUUAGAUCUCCUAACUCGAUAAUCUCCGCCUUCGGGCCAGUCAUUUCUACUUAUAAUGAUAAUUAUUAUGAUAUAAUUAACUUUAUAAUUAAUAUCUAAUGCCUAAUUUUGCAAUAAUGAAUCUGGUUAAUUUUAUUUUUAUUGAUUUUAUGUUUGAUUAUGAUUUCGAGUUUGAAUUAUGUUAAAGAUAUUUAAGUUAUCAUGUUCAAAUGAAAUAUACUGAAACUGAACCGCCAUAAAUAGAUAAUUUCAUUUGGUUUGCUAUUAUUUGAUAAUAAAGAUAAGAGAUACUUUGUUUUUGUUUUUUAUUAUUUUCUGCUUGUUUUUAGCGAUAUAUAUUCUUAGACUAGCAAUGACGGUGGCCUGCACACUCGACGGUACAAAUGUUCGUUGUCGAUAGUCCCACAUAUCCCUAUUUUCGUACGAGAUAGAUAUUUUUGCACCGACACUAGAUAGACAAGCACUAGAUAAACCAAACCGAACCCGGCUUCCAAAAAAAACAGGUAAAAAAGUGGGUAAAUUGUCAGUGAGUUUGAAAACUGCCAAACACAUAUAUAGAUGGCGCUAGUAGAAGUUUAAUAGUUUAAUUCUAUUAAAUUUAGCAUCAAAGCAAAUAGAAAAAAAAAGUAGACACUUGCAGGUGUAACGAACGGUAGCGCCAUCUAUAAGAUACUAAACUUUAACCUUAUAUAAUUUUUAGCUAGGAAUAGAAUUCAUUAGUCAAGGUAGAUAACUUUUAAACACGAGUAGUUAUUAAAUCAUCAAUUUUAUAACACAUUUUGAAAUCAUCGCCUAAUAUAAUCGAGAGCUUACCUGUAUACACGCAAGUGAUAUUUUAGGUACUUCUUAUUAAGAGUAUACGACAAUUUAAGAUGAAAUAAAAAUGUAAACGAGCUUCAUUCGAAACUUUAAAUUAACUUCAAAGACCGGUCUAAUAUCUACACCUUGGCCACAGAGUCGAUCUUUUUAAAUACCAUUUCGUAUUUUAACAUAUUGUUAAAUACAGUUUUUUUGUUUAAAGUUUCCGUCACAAAACCUAAACAGAUGGCACUGCAACAAAAAUUCUUACUACCUCUACCCUCCAUAUUUUAAACUUAAUAGACAAGACUUAUUGGCUCAAGGCUUAAAGCUCAAGUGGUUUUACUUCAUCUACGUAUAGCAGCAAACUGUGCCAAGUUUACUAAGUUAACAUGUAAGUAGUUAGUGUACUAGUGGUUGAUAAUAAAGGUUUGACACGUG